AUGACUAGUAUUGGGUCCAUAGAUUACAGCGGCAUUAUAGUUCCAACAUUUGGAACACUAUCGGACGAGAAAAUCGACUGGAAAGUAUCCGAAGCAGCGAUUACUUACGUUGCAACAAAUUUAGCUGAUGUUCUUGAAUGCAUGUUACAACAUCAACAACUUGUUUCGGAAGCAAUAACUUUUUUGAGAGAUCUAUCGGCUACCAGCAAUCGUUUGCGAGCAGUUGAUAAAUAUUUUGGCUAUUGUACUCCACGAAGUGAGAGCGCUUUGAUACCGCUGAAAAACAAUAAUUUCACGAACGUUAAAUGGAGUUUUGUUCCAUUUCUUCAGAAUCUAGCACAUUUUUUAUCGCUUCCAGAAGUACAAGUUGACAUGGAGUGUUCUGCUAUCUCACAUAAUCGUGUAAUGUUUGACGUACAUGACGGAACAUUUGAAACAUCACACGGUGUUUUUAAAGAUCGGAUGAGCUGUAAGAUUACCAGACAUUUGGGCGCGAACGAUAUUUGGGCGCAACGACACUUGGGCGCAACGACACUUGGGCGCAACGACACUUGGGCGCAACGACACUUGGGCGCAACGACACUUGGGCGCAUGCACGAACAAGUAUCCAGUAAGAGUGCAUUUGCUAAAGUAUGA